UAUGGUUCCCAAGCAAUGCUUCCCCUUACCAAACUUCUUGACGUAAAUGGUGGGUUUUCGGUUAAGGGAGAAGUCAAGAUUGUAGCCGAGGUUGGCGUUCUUGAAGUUGUUGGCAAAUCAGAUGUGUUAGAGGAAACUUCAUUACUAAAUGAAAGCAUCGAUGUCAAUGGGUUUCAAGUUCUUCCUUCACAGGUAGAAUCUGUGAAGAGUCUUUUUGAAAACCACCCUGACAUUGCAUCAAAAUUCCGUCUUAAGUGCACGCAUUUGAGAACAGCAUACUUGAAUAGCAUACUAAACUUGACCGAGAGCUUGUGCCAGUCCCCUGAGGAACUCUCCAAUGCUGAUCUGGCCAAUGCAUACUCUACACUAACUUGUGUGACAAAAGCGGGGUUUAAGUUGGACUGGUUGGAGAAGAAACUGAAAGAGGUUGCUGAGGCUCGGCUGCAAGAGAUUGAGGAAGAAUUGGUGGACAUGAAGCAAAAGUGCGUUGACAAAGAGGCUCUGUUGGAUUCCAUAAGAUGA